AUGACGGCCCAAAGAUUGAAGAUCGGCUGUGCUGGUCUAGGCCGUAUGGGCAAGCGCCAUGCCCUGAACUUUUUGCAGCGUACUCCCCGAGCCGAGCUUGUGGCUGCCAGCUCCCCUGACCCCGUCGAACUCGAAUGGGCCAAGAUUCACCUCGAGCCCUUUGGUGUACGCCUGUACCAGAACUACGACGACAUGCUCAAGCAUGAAGGUCUAGUUGCCGUGGUGGUUGCAUCGGCAACUGCAGUACAUGCCGAGCAGGCAAUCAAGGCAAUUGAAGCCGACAAGCACGUUCUUUGCGAGAAGCCUAUCUCUACAAGCAUUGAAGUGUCCCAAUCCGUCAUCGACGCAGCAGCCAAGAAGCCACACCUCAAAGUGAUGUGCGGUUUCUCCCGACGCUUCGACAAGUCCUACCGAGACGCAUACCAGAAGAUGCAGUCAGGAGCAAUCGGCACUGCAUCAGUACUCCGCAGCCAAACCUGCGACAAACUCGACCCAAGCGGGUUCUUCGUCGCAUACGCAGAGUUCUCCGGCGGGAUCUUUGUCGACUGCUCCAUCCACGAUAUCGACCUGACACUCUGGUUCUUCGGGGACGACUGCAAAGUGAAGUCCGUAUCAGCUGUAGGCAUUACAGCCGUCGAGCCCGAUCUGCGCAAGCACAAUGACCGCGACAAUGCCGUCGGCUUGGUCGAGUUCUACGACGGCCGUAUGGCCUUUUUCUAUGCUUCCCGCAUGAUGGCUGCCGGCCAGGAGGAUGUUACGGAGAUCAUUGGCACAAAGGGAAAGCUGGCGGUGAACACUCAGCCGGCGAUGAACCAUGUUAAUAUCUUUGAUGAGUCCGGGGUGAGGAGGGAGAUCCCUCAGACCUACUAUGAUCGCUUUGAGUAUGCGUUUGUUACCGAGGCUAAUGAGUUCUCGGCUGCUUGUCUUGAUAAUACUGCGUUGCCUAUCGAUCUUAACAAUGCUGUUAAGGCUGUGAGGAUUGGCGCUGCUCUGCAGGAGUCGAUGAUUACACAGAAGAAGAUUUUCUUCGAUGAGGAUGGGAACCGGUCAGAGUUGGCUCGUUUGUAG